AUGUCUUACCAACAGCAGCAGUGCAAGCAGCCAUGCCAGCCUCCUCCCGUGUGCCCACCCCAGAAGUGCCCUGAGCCUUGUCCUCCUCCAAAGUGUCCUGAGCCUUGUCCUCCUCCAAAGUGUCCUGAGCCUUGUCCUCCUCCAAAAUGCUCUGAGCCUUGUCCUCCUUCCUCAUGUCAGCAGAAAUGCCCUCCGGUGCAACCUCCUCCACCAUGCCAGCAGAAGUGUCCACCCAAGAGCAAGUGA